UUUCGUUUUCCGAAGUGAGUGUUUUUGUGCGCGGUGGAAAAGGAAGGUGUUUGUAUGAGGCUGUUUCUCUUCCAGCCUUGCUUUAAACUAAGAAGUUCAAGUGUACCUUGAGUGGGAAAAGCAUUCAAUUGUGCUGAACUUGUGGCACGAUUCAAAGACUCUGCACCCUUUUGAAUUUCGUAGCUAUAUCUUCGAUCUUCACGACGAACACAGUGGGAUUUGUAAUAUUCUCGAACACGAAACUUCGAUCUUAACAGCGUCACUGGGUUCCCAUGAAGAUUUAGUUCGUGUCAAGAAUCCCAACUGCUUUUAAGUCAGCGUUGAACGUUAAGCUGGACUUUAUUUCAACGAUCCUUGUCAGUUCGCUCAGUUUCCUUUCAACGAAUAUUUUCCCAUAUCGCCAUGUCUGAAUCGGGAAGUUUCACUCCCUCUCAGGUAAUGAGUAGUUCACAGUCUAGCAGCGAAGGCAGCAGUAUUGGCGGCUUUGUUGUGGUGGACAAAUGCAAUGAACAUUUUCAACACUCGGACAGCUGCGAGGAUGGAAAGACAAGUGAGAUUCCUGCCAAAAGUGAAAGCUUGGCUCAUGCCGGAAGUACAGCAGAACCUCAAGGUGAACUCGUGGAACGAGUACAGAAUCUUGCUAAGGAAAAUGAAGAAUUGAAAGGGGUCCUUCGUCAAAACAGUAAACUUCUUGAGGAGUAUUUUCAAGAUCUGGCAAGCAUGCAGAAAAACCAAAAGCAGGCCAGUGAAUCUUUACGAAAAGGGUAUGAUCAUGCUAAAGAGGUGGUGAAGAAACUCCGAGAGAAGAAUUGCACACUGAAAACUGAGCUGAAGAAUGAGCAAAACAAAAAUUUGCAACUUGAGGAGCUACUGUCAAAACUAAAGGAUGCGAAGCUGAAUGAGCCAUCUCUCCGUCAUGGCAAUGCUGCUCGAGAAGAUCAAGGCAAUCCUGUUCAAGUAAAAUCUCUUGAAGAAGAAAUCAAGAGAUUGGAAUCUGAAAAAGAUACUCUGGAACUGAACAACAGCAAACUGCAGGAGCAUAUUUCCUGUUUAAAAGCAAUGCGGGAAGCUGAGCAACACACUGAAAAUGAUGACUGUGAAACUCUGAUUUCGCUGGAUUCUCUAACAUCUGACAUUCAGACAAGUCCUGAAGAAUUGCAAUCUGAGAACUACAGGAAGCUAGAAACAGAAAAAGAAAUACUGAAAGUGGAUUUGGACAAGCUCAAAAUUGAGAACGAGCAAAAGCAACAGCAGUACAAUCAACUUGAAGAGGAACAUGACACUCUUUUGAAGAAACUUGCCGAUAUCGAGCAAAGGCAGAUGAUAGAGUUGGAAGAAAUUAAGCCAGAGAUAACUGACACUCAAGCUUCUGUGGCAGUUUCAGAACAGGUCACUGCACUAUGCCAACAGCUUCAAGUACAAACAGAGGCACUGAGCAAUCUACAGGAGGAUCUUGAUGCUGUAAGACAAGAAAAUGAGAUGCUCAAGAAGAAGGCUGAAGACCGCGAGAAAGGAAAGGAAACCACUGAGAAUAAUCAGGACAUUGAAACAAUGAAACAGCAGCUCCAAGCCUACCAGGAGAAGGAGCGAGAGAAUCAGGACGCUGCUGAUAAACAGGAAGCUCAUCAAACAGAAUUGAUGAAGGAAAUUGCCGAGCUAAAACAACAGCUUGAAACUGAGAGAGAGGAUGUUGGAAAGCUAAGGGAAGAUGUUAACAACUUGACACAUGAGAGGGAUAUCUGCAAAAGAAAGAUUGAAGAAAUGGAGAUGCAACCAGAGGAGAGUAAGGGAAGUGACAAUGAGUCAUUUGGAGAAUCAGGAGACGCACCACACAAGGAUGAAUUAAUUGCAAAACUAAAGAAACAUGUCUGGAUCUACCAGAAUCGAGAGGGAGAUCUUCUGAACAGAGAGAAUGCUGUUCUUGAGAAGGAAAAUAAACAUAAGCAACUCCUUGAGGAGAAGAAGACACUUGAACUUCAACUGGCAAAAGCUCUAAAGGAAAAGGACACACUUCUGGAAGAAGGAAGAAAGCAAGAAGAACAGACACAGACACUGCAAAGACAGCUAAGCAGUGUGUCAGAUGAACUCAAUGAGACACACGGACAUGAGGUUAAUCAGUUGAAGGAGGAGUUACAACUCAAAGAUGCAGCAAUGGCAAAAGUUUUAAAUAAUGCCGAGCAGCUGAAAGUUAAUGUGACCAAGCUCAUGGAGACGAAGGAAAACUUGCUUGCAGAAUGCCAGAAGCUGAAGGAAGAUUGCUCUCAAAAAGAAGAGGAGGUAGAGUCCCUAAAGAAACAACUAAGCGAUGUGUCCAAUGAAAUGAAUGAAACUCGUGAACGUGAAGUUAACGAGUUGAAAGAGGAAUUAGCAAGAAAAGGCGAAGCACUAUCAACUGCUGAGGUGACCAUGGAGUCGCUGAAGGUUCAGGUGACACAACUCAUUCAGGAGAAUCAGUCUCUUGCAGCAGAAAGAGAAAGGAUAAUGGACGAUUACACACAACAGGAAAAUAUGUAUCAAGAUCAUCUUCACAAGAUUACUGAAGACAGUGAAAGUCAAAGGACUAAAAGAGAUGAAAUUAUCAAGACUCUUAGAAAGCAAGUGACGGCAAUGGAAGUGGAGUUACAGAGGACACGAGUACAGCUAGAGGCUGACAGCACGGUACAUCGGCAACUUCAGGAGGAAUAUGAACGCGUUCUUACGGAAAAGGAACAAUUGUUGGAGGAAUAUCAAACCAGUAGAGACGAAAACAAGCAUCGCGUGAGAGAGUUGGAAGAUUCAGAGAAUCACAGAAGAAAGUUAAAAGAAGACCUUCAGCUUAAAGACGAUGACUUAGGAGACUUGCGACAAAAACUGUUUGACUUAGAAAAACAACAAGAGGAGGAGCUUCGUAUCCGUGAAGCUCAAAUGGAACUCUACCGAUCAGAUUUUCAAGUUGAGCGUGAAGCUAGAGAGAAGCAACACGAGCAAAUUUUGCGUCUUCAAGUGGACAACCAACGCUAUCAGGAAGAGAUUGAUCAACUUGGCAACAGAGGAAUAACCGAGAUGCAACGAAGGCAUGGCAGUUUCGUUCCAGAACCUCGCGACAUCCAACAACAACAACACGAGCAAUCCAGGGGAUGGUUUGACGGGUUGUUGCCGAUGUUUUCCCGUGGACCUGAGGACCCGUCAGCAUUCCCGAAUCUCGAGGGCACAAUGGGAAACUAUGACCGGGCGCAAAUGGGCGGUGAUCAACGAGAACAGUUCCCUCGUGCCAACGAGGAGGACUGGCAAUGCCCAACUUGCCGUGGAGUGUUUCCUGAUUUCGACUCUCUUCAGAUACAUGCUGUGGGAUGUAAUGGAGCCCAGGUCCACCCCGCCCCCGCCGACGUAGAGAACCAGUGCCCAAGUUGCUUAGGGACAUUCCCAGAUUAUGACACCUUGGCAAUCCAUGUUGAGGAGUGCUUAGAUCAGCAUCAGGGAAAUUGAUCCAGAACUGAUGAGAAAGGAGUCUUUCUAUCGCCGAUAACUACUAUUUCAAGAGUUUCUGGGUGAAAUUUUCCUGACGAGUUAAAGCUAGUGAGCAGAUCCUUCAUGAAGUAGUUUGUUUUUAUAACUUUGCUCCUAGAGAAAUUUAAGAACACUUUUUUUCAAAACUAUGUGUUGAAAAAAAAAAUUAAUUGAUAAAUGGCGAAGCCUUCACGACUAGAACUAGGACCUUCAAAGCUACACUGCACAGAGACAUUUGUGGAAUGCGACAGUUAUAUAUCUUAUGUAAUCCUAAUUUGCUACCAGCAUCUAUAAUAGCUGAGCUUCGAGCAGUUUGUUCCUAAUUACGUUUUUCAUUACAAAGUGACUGUAGACAUAUUAAGUAGCUUAUUAGUUGUAAUGUUGCCGUUAUGUUGUUUUGUGCUAGUUAUAAAGAUACUUUUAGUCAAGAGUCGGUCUCGAUGAACUCUGGGCCCGCGAUUUGGGCCAAAGAAUUUGCUAAGCAACGUGGCGUCAAUUUUAGUCAUUUUAACUCUUGUGACAAACGUGCAUAUACCACGCAUGGCUUUUAUCAUCAUAUUUUUUUGUCGAAAUGUUUAGAAGGUAAGGUGGUUUACACCUCAAUCCUCCGUAGGAAAAAAGAUGGCGGCUGUUCAUUUUACCACAAUACCAUGCGAACCUUCCACAGCCCAUAAAGUACAAGGAAAGCCACACUUUCGCAAUACAUGUCCCUGUGCUGACGACAUAGUGUAUGCUAGGUUUGAAGCAGAUGUUGGGACUUCGCUAUGUGCGCUAAGAAUUGUGAGUUAAAGUACUAGUCGCCAUCUUUUUUCCUACAGAGGAUUGAGGUUUCCACGUCAUUGUUAAACCGCCACAGGUUUUGAAGGUCAACAGAAUUAGUUCUUCACCGAGCAAUUAGCUAUAAUUGGACGCAUAUUACAGGCUUUUUUUUAUGAGUAUAUACCCAGCGAACAGGGUCUCCUUCGCAGGAUAAUGAGCAUAUUACGCCAGGCAGAAUUUGGUAACCUACGAGAAGAACUUUUGAGGUGAAUUCGUGAACAAGACUUCCUUAACCUUAUACCUUUGGCUUUGAAGUAUACUGACCCAGUAGCUUAGUGGGCACGUUAAUGCUGAAUAAGAGAAAGUAGAGUUACGAUAGUAUUAAUAUGUAGAAAAACUUAUAUCGACAAUGUUGUUUCCGUUGCACCACGCGAAAAUCUUUGAUGUCUCUCUUGGUUUCUCAAACUUAUUGGACAAUCAAAUCCAUCGCAGUGAAGAGACGCCGAGAAGUUGCGGAAAAUGAAUCAUACCAUUUGACACAAUGCUUUUCGAUAUAAAGUUGCCUUGUUUCCCUAAAUGUAUAGAGAUAUUAUUGUAUAUUGUCAUACUCUCCUUAUAUUAUUCGAAGCGGCCAAUUUUGGUCGCAUAUUAAUGACCACUAGAGGUAUUAAAAUGUGGUGAUUGAAAAGUGA